UCACUUUGUGGACGCCAAUAGCAUCGCUCUUUCCGAACAUACUCACUCUUCUUGCCAAAAUAUAUUUUUCCCCAGCAAAAACGCCGAGGCCAAGAACCCCAAAGGGUGCUCGGGAAAGGGGGCCAAGCGCCAGAACCCUAGCGUCGGGGUUCCGCGAGCUCCGAAACUAGGGUUUCGUUAGGGUUUGGAGCUCGGAGGAAGACGAUGGCGAGCGUGUACAUACCGGUGCAGAACUCGGAGGAGGAGGUGCGGGUGGCGCUCGACCAGCUCCCCCGCGACGCCACAGACAUCCUCGACAUUCUCAAGGCGGAGCAAGCGCCGCUUCAUCUCUGGCUCAUCAUUGCUAGAGAAUACUUCAAGCAAGGAAAGACAGAACAAUUUCAGCAGAUCUUGGAGGAAGGGUCAAGCCCAGAAAUUGAUGAGUACUAUGCUGAUGUCAAGUAUGAGCGAAUCGCUAUCCUAAAUGCUUUGGGAGCCUACUACACUUACUUGGGAAAGAUUGACACUUACUUGGGAAAGAUUGAUCCGAAUCAAAACAAGAAUUUCACUUCGGCAAUUCAGUACUACAAUAGAGCUUCAAGAAUUGAUCCCCUCGAGCCUUCUACUUGGAUCGGAAAAGGUCAGCUUUGUGUCGCCAAAGGUGAAUAUCAACAGGCAUUCAAUGCAUUCAAAAUUGUUUUGGACGAUGACCCAAACAACGUUCCUGCUCUUCUUGGUCAGGCUUGUGUUCAUUUCAAUAAAGGGGAAAACGAAGAUCAAUAUAAAAAAGCUCAGGAGUAUAAGAACUCUCUAGAGUUUUAUAAGAGAGCACUGCGAGCAUACCCUAAUGGCCCUCCAGCUGUGAGGCUUGGUAUUGGUUUCUGUCGUUACAGACUUGGCCAGUAUGAUAGAGCUCGACAGGCCUUUCAACGAGUUUUACAGUUAGACCCAGAAAAUGUUGAAGCUUUGGUGGCCCUUGCAGUCAUGGAUCUGCAAACAAAUGAAGCUGCUGGGAUUCGUAGAGGAAUGGAGAAAAUGCAAAAAGCUUUUGAAAUAUAUCCGUACUGUCCAAUGGCAUUGAACCAUCUGGCAAAUCACUUCUUUUUCACUGGUCAGCAUUUUCUGGUAGAGCAGUUGACUGAAACUGCUCUGGCUGUGAGCAAUAAUCCUAUAAUGAAAGCACAUUCUUACUACAACUUGGCCAGAUCAUACCACAGCAAGAGGGAUUUUGAGAAGGCUGGUCGAUACUACAUGGCAUCUGUCAAUGAAAUCAGUAAACCACAAGACUUUGUUUUGCCUUAUUAUGGGUUGGGACAAGUCCAAUUGAAGUUACGAGAUUUCAGAAGUGCACUGUCAAGCUUUGAAAAAGUAUUGGAGGUACACCCAGAAAAUUGCGAAAGCCUGAAGGCUGUAGGACACAUAUAUUCUCAGCUUGGUCAGAUGGACAAGGCCAUAGAAACUUUUAGGAAAGCUGCACGAAUUGACCCAAAAGAUUCUCAGGCAUUUUUGGAGCUUGGUGAACUGCUUAUAUCAUCUGAUGCAAGUGCUGCUUUGGAUGCUUUGAAAACUGCAUACAAUCUUAUUAAGAAGGGAGGUGAAGACGUCCCCAUAGAGUUGCUGAACAAUAUAGGUGUUCUCUACUUUGAGAAGGGUGAUUUUGAGGUAGCUGAGCAGACCUUUAAGGAGGCGUUAGGGGAAGGAAUUUGGCUUUCUAUCUUGAAUGGGAAAAUAGAUACUUCAAAAGUAGAUUCUACUCUCUACUCUGUGCAGUAUAGAGACUUAAGCCUAUUCCAACAGCUCGAAGAAGAUGGUAUAACAUUGGAACUGCCUUGGGAUAAAGUCACUUCACUUUUUAAUUAUGCUAGAUUACUGGAACAGCUACAUGACUCAGAAAAAGCAAGCCUUUUCUACCGCCUUAUUUUAUUUAAGUAUCCCGACUAUAUUGAUGCCUAUCUGAGGCUUGCUGCUAUGGCAAAAGCACAGAACAAUAUUCAAUUGAGCAUAGAAUUGAUAGGUGAUGCCUUGAAAGUAGAUGAUAAAUGCCCCAAUGCAUUGUCUAUGCUUGGUAGUCUUGAACUUAAUGAUGAUGACUGGCUUAAGGCAAAAGAGAGUUUCCGUGCUGCCAAAGAUGCGACUGAUGGAAAAGAUUCAUAUGCCACUCUUGCAUUGGGGAACUGGAACUACUUUGCAGCUCUACGGCCUGACAAAAAAGGUCAAAAAUUGGAAGCUACACAUCUGGAAAAAGCCAAAGAACUGUAUACAAAAGUUCUGACAGAGCACCAUGGAAAUAUGUAUGCCGCCAAUGGUGCGGGAAUUGUGUUAGCCGAGAAAGGCCAGUUUGAUGUUUCCAAGGACAUAUUUACACAGGUUCAAGAAGCUGCAGCAGGAAGCAUUUUUGUUCAGAUGCCUGAUGUUUGGGUCAAUUUAGCUCAUAUCUAUUUUGCUCAAGGUCAUUUUGCCUUGGCUGUUAAAAUGUAUCAAAACUGCUUGAGAAAAUUCUACUACAACACAGACACACAAAUUCUUUUAUAUUUAUCCCGGACUCAUUAUGAGGCUGAACAAUGGCAAGACUGUAAAAAGACUCUACUAAGAGCCAUCCAUUUGGCACCAUCGAAUUAUACACUCCGGUUUGAUGCGGGUGUAGCAAUGCAGAAGUUCUCAGCAUCAACACUACAAAAGACAAAGAGGACUGCUGAUGAGGUUCGAUCAACAGUCACAGAAUUGAAAAAUGCUGUUCGCGUUUUUAGCCAGUUGUCUUCAGCUUCAGCUUACCACUCUCAUGGGUUCGACGAAAAGAAAAUUGAAACCCAUGUGGAAUACUGCAAGCAUUUACUUGAUGCUGCUAAGGUCCAUUGUGAGGCAGCUGAGCGCGAGGAACAGCAGAAUCGGCAGAGGUUGGAACUUGCACGCCAGGUAUCCUUGGCAGAGGAAGCUCGCCGCAAGGCUGAAGAACAGAGGAAAUUUCAGUUGGAGAGGAGAAAGCAAGAGGAUGAGCUAAAACAAGUCAUGCAACAGGAAGAACACUUCGAGCGUAUAAAGGAACAAUGGAAAACAUCCAGCACCAAUUUUGGGAGUAAACGUAAGGACAGGUUGAGGAAUGAGGACGAAGAGGGUGGUGGAGAAAGGAAGAGAAGAAGAGGUGGUGGUAGCAGGAGGAGAAAGAAGGAUAAGACAAGGGCCCGCUACGAGGAGGAGGAAGAAGCCGAUUACAUGGAGGAUGAGCGUGAGGAACCAGACGAAGAAGAUGCGAAUAACAUGGUGAAUGAUCAGGAUGAAGAGGCGGAGAAAGCACAGGACCAUCUUGCUGCUGCUGGCCUUGAAGAUUCAGAUGUUGAGGAUGACAUGGGUGAGCCGUCGUCGGCAAUUAAUCGGAAGAGGCGGGCAUGGUCAGAAUCUGAUGAAGAGGAUGAGCCAUCACAAAGACCGCUGGAGUCCAGCCCAGCAGGAUAUAAAGAAAACUCUGGUGAGAGUGACGAAGAAAUGAGAGGAAAAUCAGGUGGUAAUGCUGAUGUCGAGGAAGACGAUGAGUAAGGCAUGCUGGAAAGUGUAAAGUGUGAGCUAGUUCUUAUUAUGAGAGAUUGCAUAGAGAUAGUCGCAUAGAAAUAAAUUAAAGUGUUCUUUCUGUAGGAGUAGAAAUAGAAAGAUCCUGAAUUAAGUGUAGGUUCUGAAUCGGUAAGGUGAUGCUGAAAAAAUGUUGUAACCUUUAUAGUACAAAACAUGUAUCAAAGUUCAGUAAUUCUUUUGGGUGUCUUGUGUGAUCAUUUGACGCGGGCAGUGAAAUUAACGAAGCAGAUCUGAUGCAUCAAGCCUAGUCAAACCUAUGCAAUAGUAUAAGUUUAGUGUAUCUGUUCUGUCAACAACAAAUUUUGCUAUGUUAAUAUCGCUUCUGAUCAUCUACAUCUAAUUGUUUGUCGCAUCAUAUGGAACCUGUAUAUACUAGAUCUCCAUAUCAAAUUGGGAUGGUUACCAGUAAA